AUGGAAAGCUCGCAACCGCGACCCAAGCGAGCGGGCGAAGAUUAUACCCGCACUCACCAAGAAAACGACUCUGAAGAGCCUUCCAAGAAACCUCGAUUCGACCUUCGCAACCCCUCCGCCCUCGCGCCCGAUGCUCUCGAAGAGGAUGCCGUUCUCGAUGCCGACGAGAUAGGUCGCCGCGGCCAGCAAGUGCGCCGCAAGGCAGUCAACCUUGACGGUUACGACUCGGACAGCGACAACGAGGGAUUCUCCGCGCGCAUGGAAGAAAAGGCCAAGCGCGAGCGCGAGAAGAAAGACGAUGAUGAUGACGAUAUGUUCGCCGAGCUACAAGAAGAUUUUGGCGAGGAAGGAGACGAUCACAAUGAGAUGAUCCGCAAGAAUAAAAAGAAUGUUCGGUUCUUACGCGACGAUGAGAUCGAGGGCCAGAUCGCUUCCUCAAAGGGUGGAAAGACAUUACAUGCGGAUUUGAGCAAUGCCGACGGUACAAAUGAGGCCGAGGAGGAAGACAGCGACAGCGAUGUUGGAGAAGAGGAACGCGCCACGGUCGACGAGGUGGUCGACGAGGAACUAGGUGCGGGCGCUAAAAAGAAGCAUGCACCUCUGCUUGAUGCUUUCAACAUGAGUGCGGAGCAGGAGGAGGGUCGAUUUGAUGACCAAGGCAACUUUGUGCGCAAAGCCCUCGACCCCGAUGCUGUCCACGACUCCUGGUUGGAGGGUGUGUCCAAAAAAGAUAUUAAGAAGGCUAAAGAUGCUGCUGAAAAACGCGAGGCCGAGAGGAAGGAGAAAGAUCGCAGGGACGAUAGUCUCUUGACAGCCGAUGUCCUGAAGACCAUCAUCACGCAUCUCGAGCUCGGCGAAACGAUAUUGGAAGCUCUGGCUCGACUAGGGAAGGGUCUACAACGGAAGCCCAAGUGGCAGAACAAGAAGAACAAGAAGAACAAGAACAACGGCAAUGAAGAUGCUGAGAUGACGGAUGAGAACCCUGAUGAAGUUAAUAGGAGGAAGGCGAUCGACUCAAUUACUGGCGCCGCCGAUAUCCUUAUGGGCCGAGGUCAACCUGAGAUCUAUGACACAGAGCGCGAGCUUUUGACAAGGCAGUAUCGCAAUGAGACGGGCGAGAACUGGGUUGACCCGCCUUCAGCGACGCCCAGGGAAGCCGAACAGGGGCCGACAAUGUGGGAGUAUCGCUGGUCCGAUGCUCGGGACGGAGGAGAUGCCCAUGGGCCCUACGAUGGCGGGAUGAUGGAUUUAUGGAAAUCUGCAGGCUACUUUGGUGAGGGCGUUGAGUUCCGCCGUGUUAGAGAUACAGGAGCGUGGAGUAGCAGCGUGAACUUCGUGUAA